UCCAAAAGACCUUCUUUGGUACUCUUUUGCUCCGCUCUUUCUCUUCUCCAUUGUCAGCCCGAUGGGCCUGUGCUUCAGCAAAAAGGAGGUGGUCUUGUCGCCGGAGAAGCAGCCUCCGGCGACGGCAGUGGUAGAAACUCCGCCCGUUGAGAAGAAGCAAGUAUUCGUCAUAACCCACAACGCCAACAAGAGUAAUGCCUCCGCUGCGGCCGGUGAGAAGGAGAACAGGGGCGGGACACCGCCGAAGAAGGCUAGUAGAGAAGUGGUCUUUGAGGCUGUUAACGUGCCAGUUGCGACUGCUCCAGCGCUGACGGACAACCUCAGGGCCUCGAGCUGCACCAAGGAGGAAGUUGAGGCCAUUUUGAUCCAAUGCGGCCGCCUCAGCCGUAGUUCCUCGGGGAAGAUGGCGGCGGGCAGCGAGAGUGGAAUUGGCUACCGAAAGUACUCUGGGUCUAAGAGGAGCUUUGAUUUUGAUAACGAGGGGAGGGAUCAGGAGGAGUGGGGGGAGAUGAAGACUGUCUCCCGACCUUCCCCUUGCCGGAGAACCCCUGGCCGAGAACGUUCGGGGAGCAGGGAGCGGGGCAGUGGCGGAGGGCGGAGACUGAGCCGAUCCCCCGGUCGGCGGUCCGAAUUUGCUCCUGCUUUGUCCGCCGUCUCUGAGAGGUCAAAGCAACCUACAAAGAUGGUGGCCGUGCCGCCUUCUUCUCGUGACAAUGGCAGGGGAGCUUCCUCCGUUCGAGUCAACCGGAGGGGCAACAGCGGCAGUGGUGGGGGCGAAAUGGUGGCGGUGAGAACUGCAUCGCCCAGGUCACGUUCACCGGCUACUAAUGCUCGGAUUCUCGACGAGAAUGCUUGCCCCCAGCAACCGCCGUGCCUCAGCCGGAGCUCAUCGAGGAAGGCGGACCAGUCGCCGUUCCGAAGGAAUCCCAUGGCAGAGCUCGACGAGAACUGCCCGAGAACAAAGCAGAAUGCCGCCGGCAACUUCAACAAGAUGCAGAAGACAAGAGAAGGCGAGGAAGGAAUCCAAAAUAAACCGAUCCAUUUCCGAUCUCAGAAAUUCAGCGAAAAUGAAGGGCAGAGAAACAGAGGCGAUAAAACAGAGCUCACGACAACGGCGGCGCCCAAGAACAACAACAAUCUGAUCGCCCACUCCGUACCAGAAUCUCAACCACCAAUCGAAUCUACAGCAGUAGAUGCUCCCACGGAUAGAGCAUCCUCCUCAAAACUCGAGAGCCAAAUGCCAAGGACCAUCACCAGAAGCAGAUCCUCCAGGCGAUCCUCCAGGGACCUCGACCAAGCUCUCGGCCUUCUGGAGGACAUCCAGGCAUACAACCAACAGCACCCCGAAAUGGCGGUCUCCCUCCCUGCCUGCAUCUCCAAGGCCUGCUCCAUCCUCGAGGCCGUGGCCGACCUCAACUCCACCACCACCACCACCUCAGAGUCGAGGAGCUGCUACUUGCCUCUCAAACCAGUGCCGGUCGCACUGGAGUCCAUCGAGCCUCAGGAAUCGGCUGGAAGCAAUAGCUUCGUCAGCCACGAUUGUCCCGAGCCCAAUUCCGUCGAUUCCAUUUCAAAAUCGAGCAGUGAUCAGCUGAGCCAGUGUCAGCCGCCGCCAGCGACGUCUAGGAGCGUCGGCGGAAGGGUGGCUCCAGCGACGCCAAACGAGAAGAGGAGGGAGUUCUAUCGACGGAAUCAACAGAUUCACAGAGGCAGGGCUUGCUCUACUGCUGCACCAGUUGCUGUGAGCUUAUAAAUGUGGAACUCAAAGAACAUUUUGGCAUGACGACGGCAAGAGGAUUUGCUGCUUUCCCAUAUCUGUAUCUGUAAUUCUCUUUUGUUGUUUGUUUUUUGUUUAUUUGCAAGGAUUGUUAGACGAUGUAGCAUGUUGUUUUCUUGUUAGUGUUAAUUAUCUUCACAAAA